AUGUCGUCCUACACCCCACAGACGAAUCUGAGCAUCGAAAGAUUUCGCCUUGAUGGAAUGAUGCUUUUGUGUGUAUGCUAUGGCAUAUUCUUUAUCCUUACGAUGCAAGCCUUAACUGCUCUCAUGCAACGGCCUCGAUAUGGGGGGAAGAUUGCAGAUCAUCGCCACGCGCUUCUUUUCUACGUCUUCAUCACUUUCGUAUUGGGCUCGAUAAGCUUUGGUGUGAACGCAAAGUACACGGAGAUAAUUUGGAUAGACGAUCGUGACGCGCCUGGCGGUCCGCUCGCGCUAAUCGAGGGCUACAUGAGUAAUCGCAUGAACGUUCUGGCACUUGUAGCUGGUCACAUUGAGGAGUGGUUCAUGCAAGCUCUGCUCCUCCACCGAUGUUUUGUGAUAUGGAAUUGGUCAAGAUGGGUAAUGGUCCCGAUGAUCACACUCUAUGUUGCCAUGAUCGCGUUGUCUAUCAUAGUCCUGACCGAGGCGAGCACCGGUGUUGUGUUUUACAACAUCGUCAUGGAGCUUGCCUACCUCUGUGUCGAAGUAGGGCUCACCGUCAUUUAUACCGUUCUCGUGACAAAUCGUUUGCUCACCAUGCGAGGGCGUAUGAGGCAGGUUAUAGCCCAGUAUGAUUCAAGCACAUAUGAUACCAUUGUCAUCAUGGUCAUCGAGUCUGCAGCGUUAUACACCGUCUUCGCUCUUGUUUUCAUAAUUGCAUUUGGUAUGCAUUGUAACGGUCUCACCACUCUAUCCUUCCUGUCUAUUGGCAAAAUCCAGGGCAUUGCCCAAUUGUUCAUCAUCAUCCGUGUUGCACGGGGGCGGGCAAUUACACACGAAUGGUCGACCCGAGCUACUGCAAUGCCUACAGCCAUAGCAUUUAACUCA